GCAAUGGAGCCGUUUCAGAGGUAUAUCUCACCAACUACUACUACUAAUGUUGAAAUGUAACUCUUCUUCCGUUGUGUAAGAAUACGAGUUACACAUUUCGUGUUUAGUUCCCAGAACCAAAUGAAGGUGUAAUUCUUGAGCGCUAAUAUGGAAAUUUGAUGAGGAAGAUUAGGAGAAAGUAAGUGUACAAGGAUCACUUUCACAGGCAGAUACAUUGAUAGCAGCAGCAUACUUCCAAAAUAUUGGCAGUGUAAGGGAAGGAGGGGUUAGCCACUUCAUAUAUGUACUUAUGCUGUAAUAGGAAGGACUGAAGUCUGGAAAGAAAGCUGAGCCAGAUAAUGGAAGAAGUAAAAAGUACCAGCGUCCUUGGACGUGACUUGUCCAAAAUUCCCUGCUUUCGAAACACAUUCCUAUAUAGCAUUUCAUCAGGGAUUGGGUCAGGCCUUGCAUACUUCAUGCUUACAUCAAAAACAAGACAAGCGUCACAUGUUGGUGUGGGGGUGUAUUGUGUAGUUACUCUUGGAUACUGGACUUAUUGUCGUUAUAAUUACUCAAAAGAGAAAUUUGAAAUGGGGCUCGUACAGUCUGCUCUUCAAAAACAAGCGUUGUUAGAUAGUGAGGAGGGUAAGAAAGACCAAUACCAUAAAUAAGUGUGCAAUUGUUUCCGGUUAAAUAGCUUACAGUACUGAUGCUGUAUAUGAAUUUUUCUGUAAAGUAUUAGAUGUAUGUUCAUUUGAAAAGUAUUUUUGAGAGUUACUAUGUCUACUAUCAUGAUUGAUAAUGUAAAUACUUUUAUUAUUUAUAUAGUUUAGAGAGUACUAUAUCAGGCUAUGUCAUUUCCUGUAUUGCAUAAAAUUUACUGGUUA